UUUAUUUCUUGCUUUCUAAAUAUUCCAAUAAAGACAAGCUAAAAGUUAUAUCUUUCUUCCACCUCCAUGUCUACCUUGCAACGCUGACAGUGACCCUUCCUACCAUUAACAGAAGCUUGUAAACUUGUGGUUGAUAAUUGGUCGAAAGGACUAUGCUCCCAGAAGAUCCUCGAUCUAGGGCAUUGGCAAGGCAAUGAUUAAUAAUUUCUUCUUCCAUUUAACAUCUUGGACAUAUGGGACUUGCGGAAGGAAAUCGCUGGUGAAGAAGAGAUAAUACCAGUAUUCGUUCGUGAAGACAUUUCCAAAUGAAAAUUUGGACUUUGUGAGAAAGUCUUCGGUUUUGGAAAUCUUUUCAAAUUGAGGGUUAGAAUCAAGAACAAUGCUAAUUGGAUAUGGAGGAGGUAGCCACGGGUUAGCAAUUAUUCGAAUUGUAGAGCUAGAACCUACUUUCCAAUUAAGGUCUUUCUCAAUAACUUUUGUGUCCUCCAACAUACUCUGCCAUUUUCACGAAGAAGAAAACCAGGACCAACCCCAUUUGUUAUUGAUUGAAGAAAGUGCAUAAUUGCAUAUAGCAGCAUGUGGAAGGAGUAAAUGCAUUAAAUUUCAGGUCUCAGGUAUCAUCUUAAUGGCAAAUUAAGAUUUAAGGACAAGUUCUGAUUUUCCAUUGGAUUCUUUUCUUAAUAUAUGCUAGUUGUUUUGUUCCUCCUUGAAGCCACUUGAAGACAGAAUUUUUGUCAAUGGGGUCCUUCCAAGACUUGGUUCUUGUGCUGUUAUGUUCAGUUUGGUGUGUCUUUCAUGCUGUUAAUUGCAAUGCUCAGUUACAAUCUUCUCAAACACUUGUGCUUCUUCAACUGAAAAAGCACUUAGAAUAUCCAAAGCCAUUGGAUAUUUGGAAAGAUCGUUGGACAAAUCUUUGUUCUUCAACACAACAAGUGAAUGUUUCAUGCAAUGAGAACUUUGUCACUGAACUCCUGAUUAUUGGUGACAAGACACAGAGCAAAUUUAGAGAAGAACAUGAAGGAUUUGAUGGUUAUGCAAUUCAAGAUCAAACACUUUCACAAGGGUUUUCAAUGGAUUCUUUUGUUGCUACUUUGGCAAGGUUAACUAACCUUAGAGUUCUGAAGCUUGUUUCUUUGGGAAUUUGGGGUCCAUUACCUGAUAGGAUUCAUAGGCUUUAUGAUCUUCAACACUUGGAUUUGAGUUCCAAUUUUCUCUAUGGAUCAAUCCCUCCAAAGAUUUCAACAAUGGUGAAUCUCCAAACUCUUAAUUUGGGUGAUAACUUCUUCAAUGGUACUAUUCCAACCUUGUUCUUCAACUCAUCAAGUAAUUUAUCAUAUCUUAGUUUGAAGAACAACAAGUUGAAGGGUCACUUUCCAAAUUCAAUUCUUGGCAUCAACACCCUCAAUGAGAUUGAUAUUUCAAACAACAAUAUUUCUGGUGGAUUGCAAGAUUUCAAUGCUUUGAGCAACUUGGAACACUUGGAUUUGAGUUGGAACAGCUUGGAUUCAACACUUCCUCCAAUGCCAAAAGGAUUGAAGAAUCUUUUCCUAAGCAGGAACUCAUUCUCAGGUGAAAUUCCAAAGCAAUAUGGUAAACUAAGUAUGCUUCAAAUGCUUGAUGUUUCAUUCAAUUCGCUCACAGGAACUGUUCCUGCUGAAAUUUUCAACUUGCCAAACAUAAGUCUCUUGAACAUUUCAUCAAACAUGUUGAGUGGAACAAUAAAGAACAACCUAAGAUGUAGCAUUCAGCUUCGAUUCGUCGACAUUUCGAAUAACAAGCUAAUGGGGGGCUUGCCUGAUUGUUUAAUCCGAACCGGACCCGAAAAUGAUGGAGUUGUUAAGAGUGAUGGAAAUUGUUUGUCUGGGAAGAAUUUUCAGCAUCAACAUGCAUUGUCAUAUUGCAAAGAAGAAGUUCCUCAAUUGAAGAAGGAAUCACAUAAAGUUGGAGCAUUAUUUGUUGUUGGUGUCAUUGUUGGAAUUCUUGUUAUGGUUAUGGUUUUUGUUCUGUGCAUUGUUAUAGUUUGUAAAAGGUAUUAUUCAAAAGGGGUAUCAGAACAGCACCUAUUGCAUAAAUCAGUUCAAGAUAGCUACUCAGCAAGUUUGUCAUCUGAAAUUGUGACAAAUGCAAGGUAUGUUUCUGAAGCUGCAAAGUUUGGCAGAGAAGACCUUCCCUUUUGUAGGUCAUAUUCCUUGGAAGAGUUGAAGGAAGCAACAAAUAACUUUGACAACCCUAAUUUUAUGGGUGAAAAUUUAUAUGGGAAGCUUUACAGAGGAAAACUAGAGAGUGGAAUACAAGUUGUGAUAAGGUGUUUGCCUUUGUCAAAAAAAUACACAAUUAGGAACUUCAAACUAAGGUUGGAUUUGCUUGCAAAGCUUCGUCACCCUCAUUUAGUGUCUCUCUUGGGACAUUGCAUUGAUGGUGUUAUUGGAGAUCAAAGUGACACAAAUGUCUUCCUUGUUUAUGAAUUUGUCUCAAAUGGGAGCUUUCAGACCUAUCUCUCAGAUAGUGGUGGGAAGGUUUACAAUUGGUCAGAGAGAUUAUCAGUGCUAAUUAGUAUUGCCAAGGCUAUUCACUUCUUACACACUGGAAUGAUACCUGGCUUCUUUAAGAACAGACUUAAGACCAAUAAUAUAUUGAUUAAUGAGCACUGGAUGGCAAAGUUGAGUGACUAUGGAUUGUCCAUUAUAUCUGAAGAAACUGAUGCUUGUGGGGUAAAUGGAGAAAGUCCUGAUUCAAUGCAAAUGAAAAGGUUAGAGGAUGAUGUCUAUAGCUUUGGAUUCAUAAUACUUGAGGCACUUGUUGGACCUUCAUUAUCUGCUAAAAGAGAAGCACUUAUGCUCCAUGAAAGGGGAUCAUUCAAUAGUCAAGAUUGGUGGAAACAGAUUGUGGAUCCAAUAGUGAUGUCAACUUGUUCUAAAGAAUCUCUAUCCAUUGUGAUAUCUAUAUCCAACAAAUGCAUUUCUCCUGAGUCAUGGAGCAGACCAUCCAUUGAAGAUGUCCUUUGGAACUUGCAAUAUGCUUCUCAAGUUCAGGCAACUGCUGAUGGGGUUUAGGGAUCAAAGGUAGUUUGUUUUCAGAAAUUGGGAUUGAAAUUCGAUAUUGUAUUUGGUAGUUUUGGAAUACAAAAUUUUAGUGUGAAUAUAGGAGAAUGAAAUUUUUUAAG